GAAAAUAUUGCAAGCUCUAGAUAUUUUCAUAAACAAAAUGCGGGCUACAAUCGAUCUUUGCCCAAAAGUGCAAUCUACCAAAUAUGGUUAGAUAAUUGCCAUGGGCCAAAACAAACUUAUUUAUAGCUGGCAGCUAGAACUCUUUAAUGGGUUUUGCUUAUAAAACCCAGGAAAAUAUGGUUCAGUUAGACUUUCGGUUUAAGGAAUAGAUUGAGACCUUAUGAUUCGGUUCGGCUUGAAAUCGAGUCGUAAUUACAAACUAAUUGAAAUUAUGAAUUAAUUCUUUUAAACUGGCUAUCAAGAGAACUGAAUGCGCCCAAGAAUCAAAUAUAGUUUCAUAACUUCGAACUUCCCAAUCUAUUUAAAAAGCCAACUGCACUUUGACCUGGCAAAGAACGGAGUUUUGAUAUUUCUUCCAUAAAUAAUACACUUUCUUCACUUUUUAUACGCAUAAUUGAAAUGUUGCCUCGGCUGAAUACUAAUUAAUAUGUAAGCUAAAAAAAAAAACAUUAGUGAGAGCGAAACGGAGCUGAGAAAAAAAUAAUGUAAAUUGUGAGCAGAAUUGUGUACUAAGACCAGACAUUGUGUAUUGUUUGGUUGGCGUGUGCGCCUCGGCCAGAGUCUAAUAAUAAAUCGUCGUGCGCCAAGUGACAAGAGAUGAAGAUUGAGAUCCAACAGAGCCACAGCCACAAUCAGAACAAGAACCAAAACCAGAGACAGUCGAAAUUUGUUUGCUGCUCAGUGAAUUUUCAAACGUUGCGCAUUACGCAAACAGGCGCAGCAAAUUCUUGACUGAUUCUCGUGUAGUUCGAGUCCGAGGAUGAGUCCACCCACAGCCUGUGCCUUCUGUCAAUCGCAUGCCACACAGCUGUGCGCCGGCUGCCGCAGCGUCGUCUACUGCAGCCGGGAGCAUCAGAAGGAGCACUGGAAGCGUGGCCAUAAACGGGAGUGCAAGUGCUUUGAGCUGAGCUCCAAUGAGACGCUGGGCAGGCAUUUGCGCGCCACGCGGGACAUUAAAAUGGGUGAGCAGAUCAUGCGGGAGGCGCCGCUCGUGGUGGGCCCCAAGGUGGCCUCGGUGCCGCUCUGCCUGGGCUGCCACAAGAACCUGCUGCCGCCGGCUAAGCCGGCCCAGAAUUAUUACAAAUGCAGCGCCUGCACCUGGCCGCUGUGCAGCGCCGAGUGCGAGCAAUCUCCCUACCAUCUGGCCGAGUGUCGGCUCAUGGCUGGGAGUAACUUUGAGUGCAAGAUCAACUACAAGGCGGCGGAGCAGGAGCACAAGGAGUCUGCCUAUUGUGUGAUCAUGCUGUUGCGCUGCGUGCAACUGAAGCUGGAGAGCCCGGCGGCAUUUGCCCGGCUCUACGAGCUGGAGGAUCAUCUGAAGGAACGCCUGGAGACGCCGCUCUACCAAGUGCUGCGCGCCAAUCUGAUUACAUUCAUCAAGACGGUGCUGGGCCUGAACAACUGCUCCGAGCUGGAAAUCCUGCGCAUUGCCGCCAUCCUCGACACCAACGCCUUCGAGCUGAGGCAGCUCGGCGGCUGCGUAAAGGUGCGCGGCCUGUAUCCGGGCGCAGCCAUGUUCGCCCACGACUGUGUGCCCAAUAUGCGGCAUCGCUUCGACGACGACAUGAACAUUGUGUUCCUGGCCAAGCGGCCAAUUGCCAAGGGCGAAGUCCUCAGCAUAUCCUACACCCAGCCACUGAGGAGCACCAUCCAGCGACGGGUGCAUCUGAAGCAGGUCAAGUGCUUCGAUUGCGCUUGCGCCAGGUGCGAGGAUCCCACCGAACUGGGCACCUUUGCGGGCGCCCACGUGUGCGGCAAGUGCAAAGUGGGCAAGAUCAUCUCAAUGGAUCCUUUACAACUGGCUGCCAACUGGAAGUGCGAGGUGUGCAAUUUGAAGAGGAGCGCCAAGGAGUUCCUGACGCAGGAUGCGAAAAUAGAGCAGGAGCUGGAGUCGCUGGAUAAGACAACGCCGCUCAGCCUCGAGGAUUUCCUCUAUCGCCAUCGCGUUGAGCUGCACGAGACGAAUACGCACAUUCUCCAGGCGAAGUACGCCUUGACCCAGCUUUAUGGCCAUGCGACGGGCUUCGCUAUGGAUGAGCUAAGUGAGAAAUCUCUAAAGCGCAAAGUGGAACUCUGCGAGGAGCUGUUGGAGAUUUCGAAUCUCUUCGAUGGCGGCUGGAGCAUCUUUCGUGGCAAUUUGCUGAUCGAGUUGCAGGAGACAGUUUUGGCACAGGCCCUGAGCCUGGAGAAUGCCAGCGAGUGCGAAGCAAAGCUUAAACAAGCUGCCGAGCUCCUGCAGGAGAUAUCAAACAUAAUGAACAAUGAACCGGAGAUGCAGCAAUUGCUGGCGGAGCGAAGACAAAUGUUGGAUGCGGCAAUGGCACGCUAUGCAGUUGGUGCUGAAUAACUAGAAAAUCGACACAACAAACUUGUUUUAUUAAAAUCCAUUAUUAACAUAUUUUUUAA